CAGCUGGGGAGCAGCACCGUAGAUGUCGCUAGAUCUGCGGGACAGGGUUAACCAGAGAGCCGGGAUUUAGCUGCCUGCUUUUCUUCUCUGGUGACACCGGACGCCUCUCCUCCGCUCUCUGCCCCCGGCUCUCCCCUUGCCCCAGGAAAAGAUCCCGCCCCCCCCCCCCCACCGUGGCACGUGCAGAGAAGUGCUGCUAGCCCCCCCCCGGGACAAGGCAUCUAACUAAAAGAAACCAGCUCCUACUUCCUUCGCCGCAGGCAGCUUUGCCCUCCCCUCCCGCCUGCGCCUGGUAUUUUAAGAGCAGCGUUUUCCGGCUGACAACGCGCCAUAACGAGCAAGUCCCCGAAACAUCUGGGUGCUUUGGCCAUUAAGGCGCCACGCCAGGCUGCGGACUGCAGAGCCCCCGUGCAGCCUUUGUGGGGCGGCUGCGGGUCCCCGUGUGUGCCCGCGGCUUGCCUAGCUCGCUUGGGAGCCGGGCUCCGACCUGCCGCCUCUCUUCGCGGGCUGCCCAAAGCCAGGGCCCCCGGCUCGCCCUCGCCCUCGCCCUCGCGCCCGCUCCCAUCCCCGGGCGGGCGCGCGCAGCCGUGCGCCCCUUAUAUAGCCCUCUAAAAAUAGCUCGCCUUACGCUGCCUUGUAAGGCAGCGGGGAGAUCAACCCCCGUCCAAUCCGCGUGGCCCUUCCGUGCCAGGCUCCGCCUCCGCCCCUUCUCCGUGGGCCUCAUUGGGCUUCAGUGACUUCAUGGGCUCCCCCCCCCUCCCCACCCCCUCUUCGCCUUACAUGGUCACGCGUUGUCUUAAUGGACAGCUUCCUUCAAGAGCUGACGGCUGCGCGGAGAAAAGAUGGGAGGGGAGGGGGACGAAGAGAAGGGGGGGGCUCUGAGCUUGCAGGAUUGAGGGGGGGGGGGGAUUGGCUUUGAAAGGGGGGGGCAAUGGGGGCUGAGAAAAAAAGCGAUCGCGAGAAAAAAAAAAUGCAACCUCCCAAAAAUAAAGAGCAAAGAUUGCAUUGAGCAGCGAGCAGCAAUGCAGAAAUAGAUGGCAGUUUCGUGUCAGGGAGUUUGCAUUCCCCCUUCCUGGUCCAAGAAGUGGAGUGAUUAGACCCCUGGAAGGGACUUGCAUUUACUACAAGUGGAAGAGUCCCCCCGCUUUUGCUGGCUGCUGUUUGCACUGUACAUAUUGGGUGCACCUAGCCAUUCUCACUGGGGUUUUUUUUCCUCCCCUUUCUUUCCUGAAUUGAUUUUUUUUUACAGUGUGACCGAAACAAAACAAAACAAAAAAAGGGACAUUGGAUCUAUUGUUGUUUUUUAUGAUCAAAAACAAAACCCCACCACAAACAAACAAACACAAAACAAAACAAAAGGGUUUUGCUCAGCAGCAGCAUGGAUGUGUUGGCUAGUUAUAGUAUAUUCCAGGAACUACAGCUUGUCCACGACACCGGCUACUUCUCAGCUUUGCCAUCCUUGGAGGAAAACUGGCAGCAGACAUGCCUUGAGUUGGAACGUUAUCUUCAGACGGAGCCAAGGAAGAUCUCAGAGAACUUUGGCGAGGAUUUGGACUGUUUCCUUCACACCUCCUCUCCUCCAGGCUCAGAGGACAGUAUCCGACGGCUGGACCCCAUCCUGUUGCCAGUGGAGACGAGUACAUGCGACAAAAGCACCAACAUGGACCUUAUCCUCUCACGAGACAAACUGCUGUCUGCAACGUGCCUCAGCUUGCAGCCCACCAGCUCUUCCGUAGAGGGUUACGCCGCUGUCAACCAGGCCCAACUCAACGCAGUGACCUCAUUAACGCCCCCUUCCUCUCCUGAGCUCAGCCGCCAUCUGGUAAAAACCCCACAAACUCUCUCCGCUGUAGACGGCACGGUGACGUUGAAAUUGGUGGCCAAGAAGGCAUCGCUCAGCUCAGUCAAGGUGGGAGUGGCAGCGGUGGCAGCAGCAGGCACGAUAAAGAGCGGGCAGAAUGACGGUGAGCAAGGAGGGGCAGGGGCCGAGGCAUCCCCGGAAAACAAGAAGAGGGUUCAUCGCUGUCAGUUUAACGGGUGCCGGAAGGUUUAUACAAAGAGCUCCCACUUAAAGGCUCAUCAGAGGACUCACACAGGUGAGAAGCCUUACAAGUGCUCAUGGGAGGGGUGCGAGUGGCGUUUUGCACGAAGCGACGAGCUCACGAGGCACUACAGGAAACACACAGGGGCAAAACCCUUUAAAUGCAACCAUUGUGACAGGUGUUUUUCCAGGUCUGACCAUCUUGCCCUCCACAUGAAGAGGCACAUCUAAGUACCUAAAAUCCAUCAGCAUGGCAUAGAUGUCAGCUGAGCUAAAAGACAUGGCAUGAAGGGUGGAACUCAGUUAUAACCCGCUGCCUUGCGGAAGAAGAGAACUUGAUCACAUGUAAACCUCUGUACACAGACCACACACUCACACUGUCAUGCACCCAACUAUACUUAAAUACAUACAUCUGUUCUUUAUGCCUUGCCCCAGCUGGAUGGAAGAAGGUGCAGGAGAGGAGAUGGUGAAGUCAGUAAGAUAGAAUAAUUGCUUACAGACUUCAUCACCCAUGGAUUUGUUUCCAGCUAUUGCCAGUAGAAAUCAAAGUAAAAUGGAAGAGGCUUCUCUGCAGGUGGACAGCAAGUAGGAGGGGCUUAUUUAACUCGCUUCUCAAUGCAACUCCAUAGGAGAAUAUGUCGUCUUGAAGUUGCAUAUUUGUAGCACUAACUUUUCUUUUUAAAUAGAUGGGAGGGCGGGGGGAAUAAUGACCUAGAAAACCAAAUCCCAGUUUGGUAGCCAAAAUUAACCUCUUGGUUCCUUUGUUCUUUGUCUGAGAAUUCCUAAUGCUUGACACGUCAAACUUCUCACAGACACUUUGAUCUGUCUUGGUUUUGGUUCUUCCUAGAACUGAGCUAUUAGAUCAUUUUAAGUCAAUACCAAUGGCCUUAAUGGUAGUUGACUGUGGAGUGACACCUGUGACAUAUACAUCAUCUGUUUGGCCUGAGUUUAUGUAGACUUCAUGGAGGACGAUAUUUUUGUUUGGGUAUUUUUGUGUUAACUUUUUUUUGGCUAUUGCAUGCCCUAUGCACUGGUAGGGAUUAUGGAAGCUGCUGGCAUGACUGAAAAGCGGCCAAAGGAAGAGUCCCUGAAACACCACGUUAUAUCUCCAUAGGCAUCACCUUAUUGCCAUAGCUAGGACUUCUUGUUUGUCUAAUGAAAAUUUGAAAAGCUCAUGUGGAAGCUUAGACAUUUUAUCUUUUCUCCACGAACAAGUGAUCUUUAGAACUCCUUCUCUUCACCUGCUUAUCUGUCUUGGACUGGACAAUCAGGCAUGACGACAGAUUUCCUUCAGCACCAUGUGAGCAUGUUGGCUACAAUCCACAGUGAUUGACAAAUUGUGUUGCGUAUUCUUGUUAUUCUAUUGACCAGUUUAAAACAUUGACUUUUAUUUGUUGAAAGAGCACCUGCAAACAUUUAUUUUCUAAGCCUAACUUUUGGUUAAGCAUCUUACAAAAAAAAAAAAAAAAAGCCAAAAAUACUACUCCAGUCCCAGAGUGAGAACCUCUUCCAAAUAAAGUGGCUUCAUUCAGCAUUAAUCUUUUAAAGGAAAGAUCACAGUCCUCCUUUCCCAUUCAUCAAGGUGAUGGUAUAGCCCUUGGAUAUAAAAAAAAAUUGUAAGAAUAUUUAAAGAGUGAAUGAAGGGUUGGCUUUUGUGCACAGCACUGAGGAUUUUUCAAGCGAUCGGUCUAAAGUAUUGGUAGCAUGGGUCCUAUUCAACCUUCUGUACCAUCCAGGAUCAAUGGAAGCCUCAUGCUCACCCUUGAAUCCUGUAGAUAAUUUGACCGUCUUGGCUCAAAGUGGACUAAAUUUCUUGUU